UCAGGCAACUUUCAUAAUUGCACAGCUGCUGGCUUGUUUUGGGGCCUUAUUACUCUGUUGAUGUUGAGGCCUUUCUUCUCAUCAGUUCAGCAAUUCUUCUAAAUUGAUCAGUGUAAAGGUGAUUCAUGAAAUCAAACUGGUAUUGUUGAGAAGACUGCAACAAUUUUUGUCGCUAAGUCACUGUUGUGUCAGAUGUAGGAGAGGAGCAUCAAGAGUAAUAAGUGACCUUUUGUCAGGACCAAUGCAGAAAAAUAAAUUGGGACAUAAUGGAAGAUUUGGAACUUGCAUUCCUCAAAUUUAGAUAGUAUUGGGCUCUUUAAGAAUGGAUAUUGCUGCAUUGCUAAUCCUGUGAAGAUCAGAGUUUACAAGACUGAAAAUUGCUCAGCUGUUCAGGAAGGCACUAAAGUAUUUUCACCACCAAGUCUAGCUGAUGUUUGCUGCUGAUUUCUCUUGAAGAAUUACCUGGCACUGGACAUCUUGCCAUGGAGUUAAAUUUCAACGUAGAGGACCUGAUUGAUUUGAGUUUCCUAACCGAUGAGGAGCUAGACAUGAUUGUACAUGUCCUUUCUCGAGACGCCGAGCUCCGUUUAUUGGAGGACCAACGGAUCAAGAAGUUGCAACAAUCUGUUCUUAAUCCUGAACAAUUAAAAAUUGCAACAGGUGAUUGGUUUAAGGAAGUCAGAGCAAAGCGACACACAGACAAAAAAUUUGGAUCGGAUAUUGUACGUGCCUCUAUUCGUAAGAAGAAAAGAACAAAAGGUGAAAGACAGAAAAAAGUGACAAUUAAUGAAGAGAAGACCAUCAUUAAUGAGCAAGAAGAUCAAGAGGUAGAACAGCUAGAGAAUGUUAGUUCUGAACAAGAGAUUACAAGAAUGGUCGUAAUAGACUGUGAACAAGCAGACAUUCGUGAAAGAUUUGCUGACAACGAAAGCAAUGUGACUUCAGAACAGGAAACAGUAACACUAUCUGCUGACAACCAGACCCAGAAAAAUAACCAUGUGAUCUCUGAAACAGCAGAUGAUGGGGUGUUGCGGACUGAGGAAGACAGCAUAUUGGUCCCGACUAUUUCAGUACAGAGUACUGACGAGAUCGAUUGUGAUACUUGUUCCCUGCACAACAAUGAUUGCAGUGUACCAACAAAAGAUGAGGAUGUCAACAGCGCGCUGUCACGUCUUAAAUCCCCUAGCCUCAGCAGCAGUAUGAUGAGUUUGUACAGCAAUGCUGAUUUUGGAAGUGUUGAUGUGAGAGGUAGUAUCACUUUCUCCCUGCAUUAUGAUGAGAAAACUCAUGAGUUCCACAUUCUCGUUUUGCAAUGUGAUGAUCUUGCUGGAGUCAAGAAAAAUCGUUCUGACCCCUAUGUGAAGAGCUAUCUUCUCCCAGACAAAUCAUCCCGAAGCAAACGUAAAACCUCAGUGAAGAAAAAAACGUUGAAUCCUACAUUCAAUGAGAAAUUAGAGUACAAAAUAGAAAAAGUGGAACUGCAGAGUCGAACUCUGAACCUGUCCGUGUGGCACAGUGAUCACUUUGGCCGCAAUCUCUUCAUGGGAGAGGUGGAGAUCCAAUUGGAAUCAUGGGAUUGGAGCAAUAUCAAACCGACGUCCUACAUCCUGCAGCCACAUAUUGCAGCUCCAACAAAUAUGAUCCACAGCAGAGGUCAACUGUCCUUAUCAUUGAAAUUCCUUCCAGCGGGUGCACACGGUCAGGGAAUGCCUCCCACGGCAGAGUUGCACAUCUGGCUCAAGGAAGCUCGGAAUCUCCUCCCAAUCCAAUCGAAGGGCAUCAACUCUUUUGUCAAAUGUUAUAUUCUCCCAGAUGUCAGCAAGUCCAGCAGACAAAAGACCAGAGUGAUAAAGAACAAUUUGAAUCCUGUUUAUAACCACACAAUGGUAUAUGAUGGCUUUCAAACAGAAGACAUGAAGGAGACCUGUGCUGAGAUCACUGUCUGGGACCAUAAUACGUUUUCCAACCAGCUCCUUGGAGGAUUGAGACUAAGUCUAGGAACAGGUCUCAGCUAUGGCCAACCUGUCGACUGGAUGGAUGCAAAUGAGGAAGAGAUUUCUGCAUGGCAAAGAAUGCUUUCUGCACCUGGACAAUGGAUGGAGUCCAUAUUACCACUCAGACCGAACAUGAAUUCUAUGGCGUUGUCACAUUCUGAAAAAUGAUUUGUCUGUGUGAACUCGCCUGUCCUUUGAUGAUACUCUGCAUAGGUCACAGGGUCUAAGGUACAGAAUCAAAUUUAUUUUAGACAAAUUUAGGAAGUGGAUUAAAGAGAAAUUUUUGAGCAUUGGAAUUUUGAGCUUACGAGUUUGACCCAGACUAUUGGGGUCUGUGACAAAUACUGGAGUUUCAAGAUUAAAUUCAAAAUGGUAGCAAUGUUAACUGUAUCCAUCAGAUAACCUGUUGGUACCUCUAUAUUAUUGGAUUUUUCUGAAGGGGCUUGGAUUAGUCAGAGCACAAUGGUAGAGCUGAGAUUAGAGAACAGGGUCCUGUUCUUGCUUCCAUCAAACAUGUAAUAAACAUAUAACAUAGAAAAUAGGUGUAGAUGUAUGCCUUCAGCAUAUCAGGACUGUUUUGCUAUUCAAUAUGAUUAUGUCUGAUCCUCUAUCUCAACAUCUUACUCUUGCUUUCUCCCCAUACCACUUUGUGCCUAGAAAUCUAACUCUUUCUUUGAUAUAUUCAGUGAUUUGGCCUCAACAGCCUUAUAGAGAAUUCCAAAGGGCAUCUGAGUGGAGAAAUUUCUCUUCAAGUCAGUCCUAAAUGGUCUACUCUGUAUCCUGAUACAAUGAUACCCUUGAUCUGUACUUCCAUCGACGGGGAAAACGUCAUCUCUGCAUCCAGUAUGUCCGAACAUGUUAGGACUUUUACAUUUCAGGGAGAUCCCCUCUCAUUCUUUUAAGUUUGAGUAAAUGUAACAAAGAACUGUAAAGCAUAGGAACUGAUCUUUUGGGCCACCAAGACUGCAUCAACAAAAUGCCUUUCCAAAUUGAAAACCUUUUAUCUCUUUGAUCUCUGUAUAAAUCUGUCCAGGUGCCUCUUAAAUAAUGCAAAUGUGUGGCCUCUGCCACCUCCUCUGGCAUGCAUUUCCAGCACCUACCACCAUCUGUGUAAAAAAAAACUCACAUCUCUUUUAAACUUACCCCCUUUUACCUUAAAUCUGUUAUAGAAUGUCUACAGUAUAGAAGCAGACCAUUUGGCCCAUAGAGUUAACAAUGACCCUCCGAAGAGCAUCCCUUCCAGUCCUUGCCUGUCCCCCACCCUAUCCCUGUAACCUUGCAUUUUCCAUGGCUAAUCCACCAAGCCUGUAUACCCCUGGACACUAUGGGCAUAGCCAAUCCACCUGUGUUAUAGUAACUGACAUUUCUACCCUGAGAAAAAGACUCUGAUUAUUCAUUUAUCAGUGCCUCUCAUAAUUUUGUAAACUUCUAUCAGGUUGCCCCUCAUCCUUCAACAUUCAAGUGAAAACAAAUGAAGUUUGUCCAGUUUUUCUUCAUAGGUAAUACCCUUCAACCCAUGCAACAUCCUUGUAAACUAUUUCUGUACCCUCUCCAAAGCCACUGGAUCCUUCUCGUAGUGCGGUACUAGAACUGUAUAUAAUAAUACAAAUGUGGCCAAACUAAUGUCAAUACAGUUGCAACAUGACUUGCUAGUUUUUAUACUCUAUGCUCUGACCAAUGAAGGCAAGCAUAAUAUGUGUCUUCUGGACCACUUUAUCCACUUGUGUUGUCACUUCCAGAGAACUCUGGACCUGUUCACCUGGAUCUCUCUACGUGUUGAUGCAACUGAAGUUUGUGCCAUUUACUGUAUAAUUUUAUCCUGCCUUAGAUCUGCCAGAAUGCAUCACUUUGAACUUUCCAGAUUAAACUCAUUUGCCAAUUUUCCGCCCAAGUCUCCAGCCUAUCUAUAUGCUGCUGUAUCCCCUGGCAAUCUACCUUGCUAUCUCCCCAAUCUUUGUGUUAUCCUCAAACUUACAGGUUUAAUCAGGCCACUGGCAUUCUCCUCCAAAUCAUUUAUAUUGCAAACAAGAGGGGUCUUAGCAUUAAUCGUUGAGGAACACCACUGGUCACAGAUCUCCAGUCUGAAAAACACACUUCCACCACUACUCUCUAUCUUCUGUGAUUAAGCCAGUUCUGUAUCCAUUUUACCAGCUCAUUGCAGAUCCCAUGUGACUUCACCUUGUGUAUCAGCCUUGCCAUGAGGGACCUUGUUAAAGGCCUUCAUGAAGUCCAUAUUGACAACAUCUGCUGUCCUGCUUUCCUCCAUCAUUUGUCAUUUGCUCAAAAACUCAAGUUGUGAGACAUGACCUUCCCUUCACAAAGCCAAGCUGCCCAUCGCUAAGUAUAUUUUACAAAUGUGAUUAAAUCCUAUACCUGAGAAUCUUCUCCAAUAAUUUUCCUAUCAGUAAGGAGAAUACUCAACCCAAUCUCUUAAAAACAAUCCUGCCAUGGUUAGCACUGCUGCCUCACUGCGCCAUGGCACCAGGUUCAAUUCUGGCCUAGGGUGACUGCCUGUGUGGAGUUUGCACAUUCUUCCCAUGUCUGUGUGAGUUUCCUCUGCAUGCUCUGGUUUCGUCCCACAGGUUAAAGAUGUGCAGGUUAGGUGGAUUAGCCAUGCUAAAUUUCCCAUAGUGUCUAGGGAUGUGCAGGUUAGGUGGUUUAGCCAUGGGAGAUGCAGGAUUACAGGGAUAGGGUGGGGGGCAGGGGGGAGGUGUGAAGAUCUGGGUGGAACACUCUUAAGAGGGCCAGUGUGAACUCAAUGGACAGAAUGGUCUGCUUCUUCAUGAUAGGGAUUCUAUCAUUCCAUGAAAACUGAAUACAAUACUCACCGAGGCCCUGUACAGCUACAGCAAGACGUUGUUGCUCCUGUACUAAAAACAUUUGCAAAGAAGACCAACAUUCCAUUUGAUUUCCUAACUGCUCGCUGAACUUACAUGUUUGCUUUCAUUGAUGAGUGUACCAGGACCUUUUGCUAAACAGCAUUUUCCUAAUUAUCAUCAUUUCUAUAAUUCACAAUCAACAAUUAUUAUCACUAUUAUCAAAAUAGUGACAAUAAUGCCAUUCUGCUUUUCCUACCAAAGAGGAUAAUUUCACAUUUAUCCAUAUUAUAUUGCAUCUACCAUGUAUUUGCCCAAUAAUUUGUCUAAGUCAUCCUGCAGUCUUUUUACCACCACCUCAUCACUCACAAUGGUAUCUAGCUUUGUCAUCAGCAAAUGUGAAGACAUUACAUUUGAUUCCCACAUCCAAGUUACUCAUAUAUUGCAAAGAGCAAGGGCCCAAGCACUGCCUGCAUUAUCCUGUUAGUCAGCACCUUCCACUUUGAAAAAAGACCCAUUUAUUCCUGCUCUGUUUUUAAUCUUGUUUGCAAACCAGUUUUUGAUUCAUGCCAGUAUAAUAUCACCAAUCCUAUAUGUUUUAGUUUUGCAUAUUAACUUCUUUUGUGGGUCUUUGGACAAGCUUUCACAUUUUUAAGCUUUUGAUAUGAGGCAGAAUUAUUCUCUUUCUCACUAUCUCCUCCGCAGCACUCCCCGAAGGAAGCAUGCUGGUAACUAAUCCUUUCGUUUUGAUUGGUAAAUGAGCAGUGAUCUGUCCUGCAUUUAUUAAUCAAUUAUCUUCACACUUAAAAAGUUUAAAAAAGAGAGAAUCUUUUUUACCAGAGAAUAUAAUCAUUUCUAUGAAGCCCUUUUGUUUCCUGAAUGCAUCCAAUUAAGACAGGGAAACCCACAGUUUCAAAUGAGCUCAAUGUGUGAAAUUGGUUGAUUCUAAGGAGAUCUUGGAAGUGAUUUAAUUAAAAUUGGUGUCCAUAGGACAAACACAACCUCAAAGCUUCUCCUAGGUUAACGUCACUUUUGACCUCUUAUUUAUAAUAUAUGCUUUCAAACUAUCCAAGAAAUCUGCAUCCUUCCAGUUCUGUCAUUCAAGUAUACCUGGCAGCCCUAUCUUCAAUCUUUCUGGUCCUAAACUUUAAAAUUCCAGCACUGAACCUUUUCUUCUAAGUUGCUACGAAAUAGCUCUUUGACUGGGAUCUUAUGCAAAGUAUCUCUUCCUUUGGAGAACUAGCCAUUUGGAUACAGAACUGGCUCAAAGGUAGAAGACAGAGGAUGGUGAUGGAGGGUUGUUUUUCAGACUGGAAGCCUGUGACCAGUGGAAUGCCACAAGGAUCGAUGCUGGUCCACUACGUUUCACCGUUUAUAUAAAUGAUUUGGAUAUGAGCAUACGGUGUAUAGUUAGCAAGUUUGCAGAUGACACCAAAAUUGAAGGUGUAGUGAACAGCGAAGAGGGUUACCUCAGAUUACAACAGGAUCUUGAUCAGAUGGGCCAAUGGACUGAGGAGUGGCAGAAGGAGUUUAAUUUAGAUAAAUGUGAGGUGCUGCAUUAUGGGAAAGCAAAUCUUAGCAGAAAUUAUACAUUUAAUGGUAAGGUCCUAGGGAGUGUUGGUGAACAGGAGAGACUUGAAGUGCAUUUUCAUAGCUCCUUGAAAGUGGAGUUGCAAGUAGAGAGGAUAGUGAAGAAAGCGUUAGGUAUGUUUUCCUUUAUUGGUCAGAGUAUUGAGUACAGGAGUUGGGAAGUCAUGUUGCGGCUGUACAGGACAUUGGUUAGGCCACUGUUGGAGUAUUGUGUGCAAUUCUGAUCUCCUUCCUAUUGGAAGGAUGUUGUGAAACUAGAAAGGAUUCAGAAAAGAUUUAAAAGGAUGUUGCCAGGGUUGAAGGAUUUGAGCUAUAAAGAGAGGGUGAAUAGGCUGGGGCUGUUUUCCCUGGAGUGUUGGAGGCUGAGGGGUGACCUUAUAGAUGUUUAUAAAAUCAUGAGGGGCAUGGAUAGGGUAAAUAGACAAAGUCUUUUCCCUGGGGUGGAGAGUCCUGAACGAGAGGACAUAGAUUUAGGGUGAGAGGGGAAAGAUCUAAAAGGGACCUAAGGGGCAACUUUUUCACAGAGGGUGGUGAGUGUAUGGAAUGAGCUGCCAGAGGAAGUAGUAGAGGCUAGUACAAUUGCAACAUGUGAAAGGCAUCUGGAUGGGUAUAUGACUAGGAAGGAUUUGGAGGGAUAUGGGAAAGGUGCUGGCAAGUGGGACUAGCUUGUGUUUGGAUAUCUGGGGGUCGGCAUGGAUGAGUUGGACCAAAGAAUCUGUUUCCGUGCUGUACAUCUCUAUAACUCUAUUUAUCUCAGUACUUAAUAAUUUAGUAUUUGUUAAAACACUUUAACUUUCUGGUUUGGUAUUUUAUACAAGUAUUUUUGAAUGAAAUAAAGGAAAUACUGAGUGAAGUUA